AUGAAUUCCCAAUCCGAACCAAAAGUGGAUAUCGAAACACCACCCCAGGCCAACAACCCAAUGGCCUCCGAGGAUGCCAGUUCUGUCGCGUCGGUAAUCGACCAGAAGCGCGAGAAGGAUCUCAUUCGGAAGAUCGAUAUGCAUAUUCUUCCUUUUGUGGUCCUCCUCUAUCUCUUCAGCUUCCUGGACAGAGUCAACAUUGGAAACGCACGACUUUAUGGCAUGGAGGAGGAUCUUGGUCUGGUCGGAGACCAGUAUCAGAUCGCAGUAUCGAUUCUCUUCGUGACCUACUGUCUGUUUGAAGUGCCAUCAAAUCUGGUCAUCAAAAAGCUGAAGCCAUCGCGGUACAUUGCCACCAUCACUGUGCUAUGGGGUAUCAUCGCAACCCUCACGGGGAUCACCCAGAAAUACGCCGAUCUGAUCGCCGUCCGCCUUCUCCUAGGCAUCAUGGAAGCGGGACUCUUCCCCGGUCUCAUGACAUAUCUUACGCUGUUCUACAGCAAACGUGAACUCGCCCUACGCACCGGCUACCUCUUCAGCAGCGCCGCCGCGGCCGGCGCCUGCGGUGGCCUGAUCGCGUACGGGAUCGGGUUCAUGGACGGGAUCAGCGGCCUCCGCGGCUGGCGCUGGAUCAUGAUCAUCGAGGGGAUGCCCACGGUGCUCAUCGGCAUCGCGACAUGGUUCUUCCUCGCUGACGACCCGGACACAGCCUACUACCUCAACGCAGACGAGCGCGCCCUCGUCGUGCGCCUCCGCAGCCGGCACACCGGUCACACCGCGUCGGCGCAAAAGUUCCACUGGGCGGACAUCAAAGACGGCGCCACGGACUGGCGCAUCUACGCCUUCUGCAUCGCGCAGUUCGGUGUCGACACCAUGCUCUACGGCUACAGCACCUUCCUCCCCACCAUCAUCAAGGGCAUGGGCUCGUGGUCCGCCCCCGAGGUACAAGCCCUGACCAUCCCGUGCUACGCUCUCGGUGCGCUGGUCUACCUCGCCGUGGCGUGGCUCAGCGAUCGCACCCAGCGCCGCGCGCUGUUCGUCUGCAUCUUCGCCGCCAUCUCGGUUGUCGGGUACGGCGUGCUGAUCUCCGAGUCUUCCUCCGGGGUGCAUUAUUUUGGGGCUUUGCUCGUCGCCCUGGGGCUGUAUGUUGCCGUCGGCUUGCCGCUGGCGUGGCUCCCGACUACGCUUCCGCGCUAUGGAAAGCGCACCUUUGCCACGGGCCUGCAGCUCACGUUUGGUAAUGUCAGUGGCGUGAUGUCGCCGUUCUUGUAUAAGACCAACGAGGCGCCCCGUUAUGUCCGUGGGAAUGCGGUGACUCUGGCGCUGGUCGGGUUCGCGGGCCUUGUCUAUGGGCUUAUGUGGGUGUACUACCGGCGGAAGAAUGAGCGCAGGGCGCGGGGUCUGGAGGAUGAGAAGGUUGUUGGUAUGUCGGAUGAGGAGAUUGAAGAGAUGGGUGAUCGGAGUCCUCGAUUUCGGUAUACUACGUAG